AUGCGUAAACCUUCAAUCUCACAGCUCGUCUACCAGAAACUAUACCCUCGUCCCAAAUCAAAUGAUCCAACUUCAUUCUCAUCUCACAUCACUCGUCACCUGGUACCAGAAGUGCGAAUUGAAACACACUGCUUCUAUGGCCCUCUGGAUUGCAUUGAAGCGCAGUAUCCAGGCCUAGACUACUCCUUUGCUCCACAUCGCAUGCGACUAGGUCGCUUCCAAUACCAUCGCCGGCUCUUCCGCGCAUUCAAUGAGCUAGGUUUAACUGCUGACGAGAUUUCAGAGCUCUGCUGUUGGGAGGGGACCAAGUCCGCGCGCAUGCGGUAUGAACGGGAGAGUGGAAUCACCGUACAGGACACAACAUGUGAUAACGUUGAGCGAGAAAUCCCUGAGAUCCCUACAAUUACAGUACACGAUGAGUGGCAAGAAGAAGAGCUUGACUUGAACCAGAUCCCCGAAACGGGAAGUGACGAUACAGUUCGUGCCAGUAAUUCCCGCAGCUCUAGUGUUCUCUCCAACUACAGAGCUCAUGAAUUUGAUGAUGACACAAGUGACGAGGAGGUGGAAAGCUGUGGUGUGGAAUUGAAUCACCGACUCCUAGCUGCGAUGGCCGCGCGCGACCAGGGUGUCGAUGUGCCUCUAGAUGAGGACUGGGAACAGUGGUUCAAGGAAUCUGGCGAGCGCGGCGGAUAUGAAGAGAUGGUACAGGCUAUUCGAACCAACCAGCCCUUGAAUUUGAUGGCUGUCGCCGAACCCCCGGCAUCAGUGCGACACGAUACACGAGCAAACUUGGCGGCCACUACUGCCCUUGCUGAAGACUUCCUUUACUCGACAUCUGCCAAUGCCUUCACCCCGAACCCGGUACUUCCACCGGCUACCAACCCUUCCACUGGGACAGCACGUUGA